AUGGAAUUUGACGAGACAGUUUAUGUGGAGGCUCCUCAGGGUCAAGGAAACUUGAUGUUCAGUGAUGAAAAACAGCAGGCAAGGUUUGAGCUAGGGUGUUCUAUGAUGGUAUACAAGUGGGAUGCUCUGGAUAUAGCUGUUGACAACCAAUGGGGUGGUCCAGAAUCAGCUGAGAAAAGAGAUUGGAUAACCGGUAUUAUCGUGGACUUAUUCAAGAAUGAAAAGAUUGUCGAUGCAGCUCUGUUAGAAGAAACGUUAUUGUACGCCAUGGUUGACGAAUUUGAUACUAAUGUUGAGGAUGACUCUGCCUUACCGAUUGCAACUGGUAUAAUUCAAGUGUAUAAAGACUGUGCUGCUCAAAACUACCAGAUUGUUGAACAACUUUACCUGGAAUGGCAAAGCAAGGAAAAGAAUAAGCCACAACGAGUUAUAAAGGUCACUGGUGAUGAUGAAUCAUCCUCAGAUGAAGACGAUGAAGAUGAAGAAUACAUGAACGGUGCUACUGGCGAGGACACACAUAUGCAUUACGAAGAAAUUGAUGUGGAUAUGGAGAACGAUAAGUCGAGAUCAGAGCCAAUAGUAGAUGAUGAUGGUUUCGAGCUGGUUCAAAAGAAAGGUAAAAGAAGAAACUGA